AUGACAACACUUCACAAGCGCAACCAAGAAAGAACUCACGAAGAAAAUCAAGAACGUGCCUACAUCGCAGCAAGCCAUCGAGGGUUUACAGAUAGAGCAUACUUUCGGGGGCAUAUAGUUGUUCUGACAUUCGGGCAAGAAAUCGUAAUUGAGGAUUUUUCCGCGUUGGUGGAUCGUAGCAUGGAGGCACGUAUCGAAUCAGCUCGUAAAGCGUCCGAAAUUCACAAAAAGCGCACGGGCAAAGCUUUACGCAUCACUCCAGAGGAUGUCAGGAACGAGGAGAUGUAUCAAGAAGUUGAUAAUGAAGAGCAUGAGAAAUUGGAGCAUUUUCAUCGAGAUGUAAUUGGUGAACCUCCCCGUCCUCAAGGUCGUGGUGCUCACCUCGCUUACGACCAACACAAAUAG